GCUCACGCUGUGCCUCACCGGCCACACAGCCUGCCAACAGUCACGGCGCAGUGCUUGGAGAGAGUCAUGCCCAAGAACGCUCCUUAUCUCCCCAUUGUCUCGCGCCUUCAUCUCAAGACUGCUGCCAAACAUAUCCAAGACACAUGCGGCGCACCGAGGGCGUCGAAUGCGCCCACUUGCUUAUAAACUGAAGUCCAGCUGCACCUGGCCGUUGUGGGCUUUGACAAGUACGCACAAGUGCUAAGGAUCAAGCACUGCGUCUAGCCACGACCACGCCAACCAUGGCCGCCGAGGACACCAUCUCCGACGGCAGGCCGGAGGACCAGACACUAUUUGAUGGCGCACCGAGAAAGCACUUCAGCCUCACUACCUUCAACGAGCAUCCUGUGUCAAAACACAUCCACGAUGGCACAGAGACAGCGUGCAGCAUCUACCUUCCCCAGGACAGCAGAUGCACGAGACAGAUGGUCGAGAACAUGCCUGCCUACAAGAACUGGCUCUCCCAACUGCUCCAGAACCUUGCCUUGCAGCAAGAUCCAAAUCAUGUAUUCCAUAAAAACCCGUAUAAGCUCAGGAGCGUCGACCUCCAGGCACCGACAUGGUUUCCGAGCGGACCUCCUCCUGGGAAACUAGGCUUCUUGAAGGCGCAAUGCACCGUCGAGGCAGACCACCUGGACGAUGGGAAGAAACAGUGGCUUCCCGGUGCUGUAUUUCUUCGCGGCGGCAGCGUGGGCAUUCUUAUCAUCAUCCAGCCCUACGACGGCGAAAAGGAAGAGCAGCAGAAACUCAAAGAAGGCCGCGAACCCGAACUCUUUGCCAUCCUCACCAUCCAGCCCCGCAUAGCCGCGGGUUCCCUUGCUUUCGCCGAACUGCCCGCCGGCAUGCUCGACGACAGCGGCGACUUUGGCGGCAAAGCCGGCGAGGAGAUCAAAGAAGAGGUCGGCAUCACAGUCAACAAGUCCGAGCUCUUUAACAUGUCCGAAGCCGCCGUCAAAGACGUCUACCAGCGGCCGUCCACAGCCCCUACCAAUGACAGCGACGCAUUCCGCGAACUGGUACAGAACUCGAUGUAUCCCAGUCCCGGCGGCUGCGACGAGUUUCUGCCCCUGAUGCUGCUGCAGAAGCGCAUGAGCAGGGACGAGCUCGAGGACUUGCAGGCGCGGACCACCGGGCUGAGGGACCAGGGCGAGGUCAUCACACUCAAGGUAGUACCGUUCAAAAGUCUGUAUAGGGAGGGAGGGAGAGAUGCAAAGUGUCUUGCUGCAUUGGGGUUGUAUGAGAAUCUGAAGCGGGAGGGUGGGAUUCUCCCAGACAUGCCGUCCAAACCGGACAAGGGGACGAAGCGGAGACACUCGUAGGAUGGCUGGGCUAGCACUUCUGUACUUCAUGAUAUCAUGGGAGGGAUGUAUGACUAGGUUUCUCAAAAACAUCUGUUAGUCACCCCACAGGGC